CAUUUUCUUCGGUCCACCUUGAAUCUGCAUCUGCUCCUAAAAACCAUCUUUCUAUUCUCUUCUCUGUGCAUAAUCACAGCCACUGCUCAACAAUUAUCAAUAUUGAUUAUAUUAAUCACAUCAACUCAAACGUAUAAUUCAGUCAACAACUUAUAAAAUGGGUCUUUGUCACUCUCGAAAGGCACACCCACCUCCACACGGCGGCUAUGGCGGUGGUUAUAACCAACAACCUAUGGGUAUGGGUAUGGGCGGCGGUCCCGGUGGUGGAGGAUUUGGUGGACCUGGAGGACAUCAUGGAGGGCGUCCUGGCGGCGGUGGUGGAUUCGGUGGGCCCGGAGGUGGUGGUGGAUUCGGUGGGCCGGGAGGUGGUGGUGGGUACGGUGGGCCUGGUGGCGGUGGAGGCUUUGGCGGACCAGGAGGUGGUGGUGGUGGUGGUGGACGAUGGUAAACAGGAAUUGGUACUAUAAUGGGAUGACGCAGUUUGCUACUCUGUGAACAUUUACCAAUCCAGUGGAUGUUUGAUAUCUUUUGACUGUUAUUGAUAAAUGGCCUACCAAACUCGGACAUGGACCUGGAAGACAGUUCGACGUCUACAUAUCAUUGGCCGAAACAUCCUACUGUAUGAGAUGUUUGCGUUCUCCAAAUUGUGACAUGGUUAGGCAUUCUACGUAUACUAUCUUAGGCGAAACAUCCUAUUAUACACAUUCCACAUGUCGGCCGAGGGAGCUCGUGAAGCUUUCAUCAAUUCUCAAUCAACGUCUCCUUCCCCCCCCACUUCUCCCACCCGGUCUCCCGUACCCCCCUCCACCUCCAGGACGUCCUCCUGGCCCACCAUACCCAGGACCCCCAUAACCAGGUCCAAAACCACCAUGAUGACGCCUUGGAGCUUGGUUGACCACGACCACACGUGGUGGCAUCCCGAAUCCUGGACGGCCCAUACCCAUACCCAUCCCCAUACCCAUUCCCAUUCCCAUAGGGCGGACGAGGGCAGGUCCACCACCCGCGACGAUGACAGGUUGGUGGCGACGGGAGACGCAGAGACCCUGAUCAAGUUUGGUAGUUAAUGGAUCAUUGGCGGAGUGAAUAGUUUUUGGACUUGCCAUUUCGAGCGCUGGGAUAGAUGUGGCUUUCUUUCCAGGUUUGUGUGGAAGAUUCUAUUAAUCUGAGGCUUAUGCGUUGCGGAGUUGUGCUAUGAUUGUUGUGUUGAAAAGCACGAUUGACGGACGGAGGAUGUUCACAAACAACAGAUAAAAAAGUCAAAAGAAAAUAACGGAUUAGAGUAUAAGCAAAAAGUUGAUCCAUG